GCUGUCUUAAAAUAAUUCCAAAGUAGGGCAUGCAUUAUGCGGCCUAUAUAUACAUGCACGUAUCUUCAAACGUCAACUUAAUACCAUAUUCCACAAGAAUGGCAUUCAACUUUGAAGUUGAAACUGAACUGAAAUCUAAUGCCGAGAAGGUGUGGAGUGCCCUGAAGCAACACGCGACAAUCUUCCCCAAAGCCGCGCCUGAUAAGUACGACAGCGUCGAGGUUCUUGAAGGCGACGGACUGUCUGUUGGCUCUGUUGUUUUGUUUAAGAAAAAAGAAACAAAUGGGGAUGUAACAAUGAAGCAGAGGAUUGAAUUGUUGGAUGAAGCGAACAAAACACUGAUUUACAAUGUGAUAGGGGGAAAUAUCAUGAAAUACUACAAGAGCUACAAAUCCAUAACUGGUGUGAGCGACAAGCAGGGCGACGGCGACGGGGAUGGCGCUCUAGUGAAGUGCAGGGUUGAAUUUGAAAAGGCAGCUGUUCAACAGCAAGGCCCUGACCCCCAACUCUUGAAGACUUUCAUCCUCCAGCUUUUCCACCAAAUGGAUGCUUAUCUUCUCAACACUACCCACUAAUUAAAAUUCUAAUGUUUUCGUCUCAUAAAAUAAAACCAACUACUGUGCUGCUCUACGUACUUUGUUUCUCACCUCAACUCAGCUUUGUUUUUGUACAAGUUAAUUAGUAAGAGACCCGACAGCCUUUUAUUUUUAAUGGGGGAUUAUGAGAGCAGCUAUGGAAAAUGGCAAAAAUGUCUUCGAAUAUAAGCUAAUAUUACUAGAGUAUCCAAAGAUUCGAUAUCUGCAGGUCAGGUCUUGGGCCGCAACCCGAAUCCACGACCCAACCCAACAAACUCUCUAACCGAGAUUGUCGGGCCACAUUGGGUCGCUGGUCCUGACCCAAGUCCGCGACCCGACCUUGAAGACCCUUACUUAUAGAUCGUUGAUCUACAUAAUCUUGGGCUAGGAUGACAACAUAUUCCGCAACACUAGUAGACCUCUCAAGCAUGCAAGUAGACCCACGCAGGCAUU